GAUGACCCGUCAAUUUUAUGUUAUAAAAAUAUUCUAUGUUAACAAAAAAAAAUAUAAAAAUACAGAAUAUAUGAAAAUUCAAAAAAUAAAUAAAAAUCAAAAUUUAUUUAGAUAUAUUAUAGAAUAAAAUUUAAAUCUCAAUAAAAUAAAAUUAAUAAAAUAAAAAAAAAUCCAAAAAAAUAAAAUAUUUUUUUGAGUUAAAAAUUGUUUUUAUCAAAAUAUUUAAUGAAAAUUGCGAUAUAUCUUUAAUGACCAAGACAGUUUCCGCCAUAUUACAUAUGACCAUUGUUGGAAAUAAAUAAUUCAUGAAGUUACUACUCCUGUUUCGCAGCAGGAUACAUGUCUUCAGUUCAUGCCCAAAUAAAAUCUAACUCAAGAUCUUGAUCAAUUUCUGCCUCUGAGUAAAAUAAAAAACUUCUACUAAAUGAGUAUUCUUCCAUAUCUCAAGAUAUGAUUUAAUCUAAUUUCUGACUACGGAACAACCUAUUUAAAGGGACCUAAAUCUUUGAACAUUGGAUCGACUAUUCAAAAUAUCAACCUAGUUAGGCGGUUAAAAUUAGGUUUAUAAACCCAAAUUGUUGUAGUCAUGGCUCUAAAGAUCAAUAGAACAUUAUUUUUGAUCAUUGUUCAUUGUUAUUAUUUCUUACUUCAUGUUUCCGCAGUACCAACAAAGAGGCUGCACAAAUUCAACCUAAUAGUUUGCCAUUAGAUGUGAAUGUGAAAAUGCCAGAAAGUGAGCAUAAUGAUCCGCAUGCGGCCACCCAAGUCGAAACCGAGUUUUGAGACCAGAUCACAGCUAUGCAACAAUAGAUCACGGCAAUGCAUACAGCUCGAGCAUCACAUCUACUGAUAACCAUGUACUCAUCUCCGAAGUCCAAACCUUGAGCCGCAUGCGGCUUUUUUCUCGGUUGUUUGUGGUAACCGACUAAUCUUCUUGUCCUAUUCUGGGUAGUUUUGUCAUAGUCAAACUUGUAGCUAAUCUUUUUUAUUUUCUUCGGUUAUUUUCUAUUUCUUUCUGUUCUUCUUCGUUGAUGUUCGUAAAUUGUAACUGUGUUCAAUGUUUUCCAUUUUCAGCUUCUUGUUAUUUUUGUAACUUAAAAAAAAAAACAAAAAUCUAAUAUAAAAUUUAACAUUUUGUUCACAAAAAAACUAAUAUAUUAAUUUCUCAUUGAUUUUAUAUUUAUUUUUCUAAUCAUUUCUAUAGCUAAGAUCCAUCAAAUGAAGAAGUCAGAAAUAAGCAUUCACAUUUUGUAAAUCUAGAAAUUUGUGUUAAAAACAGAAAUCAUUAAUUCUGGAAACGAGAAGGCAAAAACAGGUGUUGAAUGCUUAUCCAUCAGUAUCUUCAUCAGCUCAAGCUCUGCGCGAGGAACCGAACCCUAACCACUGCCAAGUCCCUCCAUGCCCAAAUCUUCAAGCUCGGGAUCACUCAAUGCAUUCCUUUGGCCAACACCCUCGUCAACGUCUACGGAAAAUGCAGCGCCGCUUCUCAUGCACUCCAGCUGUUCGACGAAAUGCCUCACAGAGACCACAUCGCUUGGGCCUCUGUUCUCACGGCUCUUAACCAAGCGAAUCUCUCUGUUAAGACGCUCUCGAUGUUCUCUUCUAACAGUGGACUGCUUCCGGAUGAUUUCGUGCUCUCUGCCCUUGUCAAGGCCUGUGCGAACUUAGGCUCUAUUCAUCACGGGAAGCAAGUUCACUGCCGUUUUUUAGUAUCUGAGUAUUCUCAUGAUGAUGUUGUUAAGUCUUCGCUGGUUGAUAUGUACUCCAAAUGCGAUUCACCUGAUAGUGCUAAAGCGGUUUUCGAUUCAAUAAGAGUUAAAAGCACCAUCUCGUGGACCGCAUUGGUAUCUGGGUUCGCUAAAAGCGGAAGAAAGGAAGAAGCUUUGGAGCUUUUCAGGAACAUGCCUAUCAAGAAUUUGUAUUCUUGGACUGCAUUGAUCUCUGGUUUUGUGCAGAGUGGUAAAGGGCUUGAGGCUUUCUCUGUGUUUACCGAAAUGAGGAGAGAAAGUGUUGACAUUUUGGAUCCUUUAGUUCUUUCUAGUAUAGUCGGCGCUUGUGCUAAUAUGGCUGCUUCCAUAGCAGGGAGGCAGGUUCACGGUUUGGUUAUAUCUCUAGGAUUUGAUUCGUGUCUGUUUAUUAGUAACGCCCUCAUCGACAUGUACGCUAAAUGCAGCGAUGUUGUAGCUGCAAAGGAUAUUUUCAGUAGGAUGCGUCCCAGAGAUGUAGUUUCGUGGACAUCGCUUAUAGUUGGAAUGGCUCAGCACGGUCAGGCUGAGAAGGCAUUGGAUUUGUAUAGUGACAUGGUGUCACACGGUGUAAAGCCUAAUGAAGUCACGUUUGUUGGGCUGAUAUACGCGUGUAGCCAUGUUGGUUUUGUAGCUAAAGGCCGUGAGCUUUUUCAAUCGAUGAGAGAGGAGUAUGGCAUCCGCCCGUCCUUGCAGCAUUACACAUGUUUAUUGGAUCUUCUUGGUCGGUCUGGACUGAUUGAUGAAGCUGAGAAGCUAAUCCGUACAAUGCCGUUUCCUCCUGAUGAACCAACUUGGGCUGCUUUGCUUAGCGCUUGUAAGCGACAGGGGAAAGGUCAGAUGGGUGUAAGAAUCGCUGAUCAUCUCUUAAGUUGCUUUAAACCGAGAGAUCCAUCGACUUAUAUACUUUUAUCAAACGUCUACGCAAGUGCUUCUUUGUGGGGGAAAGUAUCAGAGGCAAGAAGGAAGCUAGGAGACAUGGAAGUUAGGAAAGAUCCAGGGUACAGCAGCGUAGAGGUUCGGAAAGAAACCGAAGUGUUUUACGCGGGAGAAACAUCUCAUCCUCUGAAAGAAGAGAUUUUUGGGUUGCUUAAGAAGUUGGAGGAAGAUAUGAGGAGAAGAAAUGGUUAUGUUCCUGAUACGAGUUGGAUCUUACACGACAUGGAUGAGCAAGAGAAAGAGAAGCUUUUGUUUUGGCAUAGCGAGCGAUCAGCUGUUGCAUACGCUUUACUUAAGGGUGUUCCGGGAAGUCCCAUACGGAUUGUGAAAAACCUAAGGGUUUGUGGGGAUUGUCAUGUUGUUAUGAAACAUAUAAGUGAGAUUACAGAAAGAGAGAUUAUAGUUCGAGAUGCUACUAGAUAUCAUCAUUUCAAAGGAGGAAAAUGCUCCUGUAAUGACUUCUGGUAAGAGGUCCUGUGUUCUUUGUUGUAACAUUUGUUUUUUUAUGAAAAUUUGAUGAGAUUUUUGAGGA